AGGAAAGAAAGUUGAACAGAGUUCAGUCAGUUUGUAGCUCAAACAUGGAAGGCAAGGAAGAGGCGGUGAAGACGUUGGUUCCAUCACAACUCACCAAUGUUGAUGUUAAACAGUACUCUUCUCCGGAUGACUUAGAGACUUUCUACGUCAAACUCACCGACUUGUUGGACUCCUCUGGUUUCACUCUCAUUUUGAAUGUCCGAGAAACAUCCUUGGACUUGUACCUCUUUUACUUGGAGGUCACCAAAAGAGGAGGUUAUCACCAGGUUGGUAAAGAAAAGAAAUGGGGUGAAAUUGUGUCUGCUCUAAAACUGGAAGGAAACAAUGCAAAAUUAUGUGCUCAACUUGAAAAGCUCUAUGCAAAUCUUCUUUACAAAUUUGAGAAAUUUUACUUCUAUAGGUUUCCUGCAUCUCAAACUGCAACUGGCAGCACCAAAGGUUCGGCUAAAAGGAAGCAUAGCUCAACCUCAAGUUUAUCCCAAUUAAUGGAUGAUGGGGAUUAUCAGACAGCGGCAAAGAUAUCCAACGACUACCCUAUCAAAAUGACAGCAAUUCCUGAAGUGCAACUACAAACACCAACCAAGGACAAAGUAAAGAAGAAAAAGCGAGGUGUUCCAACGGGACGAAGUGGAUAUCAAAUUUUCCUCAUGCAAGAAUGUGCCCGAUUAAAAGCUUCUCGUCAGGAUUUAGAUGGAAAAACAGUCGUGCGCAUGGCUGUCGAUGGAUGGAAUAACUUGUCGGACAUUGAUAAACAGCCAUAUUUGGAAGAAAGCAAGAAGAUAAGGGAGCAAAUGAAGGAAGCAAUGAUGACUGAAAAUAAUAAAAAGAAGAGCACCCAAGAUCUUAACAAGGAUGAAAAGAAGCCUAAUCUGUGUUGUGGUGAUCACUACAGUGUAACUUUGCAACCUCAAGCAAAUAACCCUCUUGUCAACAAUGCAGCAGUGGACAUGGCUUCUAAAAUGACAGAAAAAACAUCCAAGGAUCCCUUCUUCCCAUUUGAUUUGGAAGCUUAUCGUUCCGUAGAUUUGCUAACUGGGAUAGCUACUGGAGAACCCAAGUAACUGUUCUAGAAAUUGGGUAAGUCAUACUAGUUGUUAGGUAAGUCUUUUUUGGUUUUUUGAGGCAAUACUAUUAUGCCUAUGCAUCAAGGGGUUUUCGCUUUUUGUGACUCAAACCAAGCUAAACUGCUGUGUAUUUAUAGUUUUGAAACAGCAGCAACCAAGUUUGAUGAAUAGACAUCAAUGUUUGCACUAGUGAAGUAUGUAUAUAAACCAUAUAUAUAACUUAAAAAGACCUGUGCUGUAAUGCAGAAUUUUGUUGGCAUGGUUGCCAAUUUUCUUUGUAGAAAACUCAUCUACCUUUCUGUUGAACUAUAUAAGUCACAAUGUGAGGUGAACCUGCUGAUGUUAUUCUAAAAAAC